GUCGCGUUCUGCUGAGGAGGGGGCCACUAGUGGGGGCAUAAUGAAUGGGAUCUGUGGGUCUACAUGGUAUUUAAACAGCCUGAGAGUGUAACUAACUUUCUCAUUCUUAAGCUUCUCCAUUCCAGUAUACAGGUGUGCUCUUUUUAGUCUACUAUGGUUACUGUCCGAUACUGUAACGGCAGCCAGCUGGACACACUGACUCCAGAUCAGCCCGGAUUCAGCCGCACGGGAUACACUGUAGUGGCAGUGUGUUUGGGAAUUAUCUUUCUUUUCGGUUUCCUAAAUAACUUUCUUGUUCUUUUGGUCUUCGCCCGCUUUCAUGUUCUGAGGACUCCGAUCAAUUUAAUACUGCUCAACAUCAGUGUGAGCGACAUGCUUGUUUGUAUCUUUGGUACACCUUUAAGUUUCGCCGCGUCUGUAUACGGCCGGUGGCUGACGGGAGUUCACGGCUGCAGGUGGUAUGGUUUUGCCAACGCACUGUUUGGUAUUGUUUCACUGGUAUCUCUUGCUGUACUGUCAUACGAGCGUUACAGCACCAUCCUCUGCUGCUCAAAAGCGGAUGUUUCUGACUAUAGGAAGGCCUGGCUUUUCAUCACAGGCUGCUGGCUGUACUCUCUCGCGUGGACAGUGCCACCACUCUUUGGCUGGAGUAGCUAUGGUCCUGAGGGUCCCGGCACCACCUGUUCAGUCCAGUGGAACCAUCGCUCCCCGGAAACGAGUUCUUACGUCAUCUGCCUCUUUGUCUUUUGCCUGCUGCUGCCUCUUCUUCUCAUGGUCUUCUGCUACGGGAAGAUUCUCAUUGCCAUUCAUGGGGUUGCUAAGAUCAAUCAGACAGCUGCACAGAGGAGAGAGACGCACGUGCUGGUGAUGGUGGUUUCCAUGGUGUCCUGUUACCUGCUCUGUUGGAUGCCAUACGGGGUCAUGGCAUUGCUUGGCACAUUCAGCGUAGGCAUUGUCAGCCCCACAGCCAGUGUCGUGUCCUCCAUACUAGCAAAGAGCAGCACUGUUUUGAAUCCCAUCAUCUACAUUCUGUUCAAUAAUCAGUUCUACAGGUGCUUUAUAGCUUUAGUAAGAUGCGGUCCAGAACCUCCAGCCCAUCUCACCCUUCACACAGAAGAAGGUGGUGCUCAACAGGACUGCAUCCCUAUGGGGUCAUAUGGUGCUACUUCUCCACCCGACAGCCCAGAUAAAUUUGGGACCCCCACAAUGACCCAAAGGGCUUCACUACAGAGAGGUAAUAAGACUUUGGUUCUUGUGGUGCACUGUACUCCCUGAAAGCCCUGGAAGUGCUAUCCAUGCAAAUAGGAAAUAACAUUGUGUGCAUUUUUACUGCCAUAUACUUAAAUCAAUGUGUGUUUUAUAAGAAAGAUACUAUAUAUAAGUAUUUUGCAUCAUAUUUUUGUGCUUUUAUAAGUGCAUUGUAGAUAUUAUUAUUUAAUUGGUUUAAAUUUGUUGUAAAUGUUGCAUGAAAGUAUUGCCACCAGGUGUCAGUAUUUGUUCAAACGUUAAACAAUGUAACUUGGGCUUGGCAACAUCCAAAGGUCAUGCCUAUGGUGUGGAAUUUUAUGAAAAAAUACAAGCAGGGUCAUCGCUAAAGGGGAAAAAGUUGGUGAUGAUUCUUGGGGCCCCCAGCUUCUGAGAGGGCCUCCACAAUUUCAACCCCAAAUUCAACAACCUGCACUGGGGCUCCGAAUACCCUAGCUGUGGCCCUGUGUAGAAGUAUUAGAAGGUUUCGGUCAUACUAUAUCUGAAACUAUAUUGUUUUUGUCAAGAGUCGGUUGACUGAACCAGUGAUUGUAACUAUAAUUUAAGCAGUACCCAAAAUGUAUUUUAAUGUGGCAAAUGACUUUACUUAAUCUAAAGGUCUGAAUCUUUCAUUUUAUGUUCACUUGCUUUCAAUGAUCCACUUCUAAUUAUUUUUCAGUUUAUAUCUGCCUCAUGAACUUGUCUUUUCUCUCCAUUAACAAUUAUGAGAAAAUGUAGAUGAAACAUUUUAAAAUUAUUUGGAUUUUUUUUUCUUAUGUACCAAACAAGACAAAAAUAUUUUGCAAUGCCAUGUUAUUAUUUUUGAACAAAAGGUUAAAUCAGCCAAGUCAGGUGUUUCAAUCACAUGCUCAUCAUGCCCAAUGAAAGAUUUGGUUACCUGUUCUUUACCACUGAAUUUUGUUAAAGUGCAAUGUUGCGUGACCUAAAGAGAUUUCAGAGAGCCACAGAGGAAGAAUUGUACAGGCUCAUUAGUCUGGAAAAGGUUACAAGAGGAUUUCUGAAGACUUGGGGCUCCAUCAGUCCCAAUUGAAGCAGAUUGAUUACAAAUAGAAGAAAUUCAGCACCAGUGGUACCUUGGCUGCCCUUUAAAAGGUCAGUGUAAGGACAUGUCAAAGGAUCCUUUAAAUGACAAUGUACCCUAGAGAAAUCUAUGGAUCUGCAGGGAUUAGAAUAUAAUUGUUCCAAUUGUAUAGCACAUUGCCAGGAUGUUUGUGAUCUGAAACUUUAAAGAAAGUGGGUCAUGCAGCCAGCAUGUCUGUUCCUAAACAAAGGAAUAAAUCACCAUCAGAGUGGGACCAAACAGAGGAAAUUCCAUAUAUUAGAAUGGUCAGGUCAGAGUACUGACCUCAAUCUCAUUGAAAUGCUGUGGCAUGAUUUCUAUUCAAGGCCAUUUGAGGCAUCCCAAAAAUAUGCAAGAUAUCCCAAAAUAUUUAUGGACAGCUUGUGCAGAGGAAUGGACCAAAAUACCUCCUGUGCAGGUCAUCUAUAAGACAAAUGACAGAGAUUGGGGUCCCAAAAUUUACUAAAUAUAAGUAAUAUUCUCACAAAACUUUUGUGGCACUGUAAAAUAUUGUUAAAAGACAGAAUUUAAUUAAUAUUGACUUAGAUGGAAGCUAUCAGAUCACACGCUGAGAGCCUGCUGAAAGAAAUCGAGACUAUUUCAAAAGGCUCAAACUUUUUUAACUGCUCAUCAGGAUAGAUGGUGCAGGUUCUAUGAUUAGCCUUGGCUGAUUAAGUUCACAGGAAAUAUGUGAGGAAGGCUUUCAUUAAUAGUGCUCCUUGUUCUCAUCACAGAAUGACUGGCUCUGAAAUUGGCUUGUACCUGACAGAGAUAGAGCUGCAUAUCACAUUCUCUAAUGAGCCAGCAAACCAGCCGAUGAGAAAAGAUCUUCAGCUCUGAGAAUGGCAAGUUGAUCUGAAAAACCCUUCUGAGUUGACAAGGUUUGGUAUUCUACAGUUAUGUUUAAGAUCGAUCAAAGAUGUAAUCAAAUUAGUUACAUGAUAUGCUGUGUAGUUUAUCAAAUUAAUUGCAAUUAAUCAAUUAAUCAUAAUAGUUAAAGCCAUGCAUUACAUUAUAGAGGGCAGAUGAGUACAUUAUUAUUAUUAU